AUGGGUGACCUUAACAAUUUGCAGUACCUAUAUCUAGGUGAAAACAACUUAAUAGGUUCCAUCCCAUCAAGAAUAUUCAACAUUUCGGGGCUAUACAUAGUGUCACUUGAAGCUAAUAACUUGUCUGGGAAGAUACUAUCAAGCUUGGAGAUGAAUGUACCAACUCUAAUAGGAAUAUCUGUUGCUUUGAAUAAAUUGAGUGGGAAUAUGCCGUCAUUUCUUGUGAAUGCAUCUAAACUUGAAUUUCUAGACAUAUCAGUAAAUGAAUUCUCAGGUUUCAUUCCAAGUUCUCUCGGUGAUCUAAGAUCGUUGGAGUCGCUGAAUCUAGAAGGCAACAAUUUGCAUAGCCCGUUGUCAUCACGAUUUGAUAAACGGUUGAGUUUUAUUAGUUCCCUGACAAAAUGCAGGAAGUUAAGGAAAUUGUCCUUUAGUGAAAAUUAUCUAAAUGGAAUUCUUCCAUCUUCUAUAGGAAAUUUUUCAAGUGAACUUGAAAUUCUUGGGUUGGGAGGUUGUGAGAUAAUGGGAAGUAUACCCCCAGAAAUUGGAAAUUUGAGCAACAUACUAAUUUUACAUUUAGAGGAAAACAACUUGGAAGCAUUUAUUCCUACAAGCAUGAAGAGGCUAUCAAAGGUUCAGAUAUUAGCUCUUCAUGGUAACAAGUUGCAAGGAUCAAUUCCACUAGAGCUUUGCUAUCUCCUCAAUUUGGGCAAGUUAGAUUUGCAAAGUAAUAGACUUAAUGGAAAAAUUCCUGAUUGUCUUGGGAAUAUUACUUCAUUAAGGUACUUUUAUCUUAACUCAAACAACUUGACUUCCACCAUACCUGUAAGUUUAUGGAGUCUCAAAGAUCUAUUGGAAUUGGAUCUGUCUUCCAACUCAAUAAAUGGUUUGUUGUCUUUUGAAAUUGGAAACUUGAAGUCCCUCAUCCUCAUGGAUCUAUCAGCAAAUCAAAUUAUGGGCAAUAUUCCUAGCACACUCGGAGCGUUACAGAUGCUACAAAAUCUUUCUUUGGCAAACAAUCAUUUGCAAGGUUUGAUUCCAAAGUCACUUGGUAACAUGUUAAACUUAGUAGAAUUGGAUCUAUCACUUAACAAUUUACUUGGCGAGAUUCCAAAAUCAUUUGAAAAGCUAUUGCAUCUCAAGCUUUUCAAUGUUUCCUAUAACAAGCUAAGUGGAGAAGUUCCUAGUGGAGGCCCUUUUGCAAACUUCACAAACCAAUCUUUUAUGUCAAACCAAGCAUUAUGUGGGCCCCCUUGGUUUCAUCAGUGCACCACAACUCAUCAUCUUCAUAAAGUAAAGAGAAAAUACAUUUUUAUCAGUGUAUUUGUUUUUCUAUCAAUUUCAACAAUGGCAAUUGUUGUAAUUAUUGUAUUUCAAAGAAGAAAGAAGAGAACCAACAAAUCAUUUGAAAUCGAUCUACCAUCACGGUGCAUCCACCCAAGGAUUUCAUACUAUGAUUUGCAACGCAUGACAAAUGAUUUUAGUGAUAGCAACUUGCUUGGGAAAGGUAGCUUCAGUUCUGUUUACAAAGGAAUAUUGUCAAGUGGGACUUCUUGUGCUAUUAAGGUGUUUGACAUGGAAAUACAAGGUGCACUCAAGAGUUUUGAUGUAGAAUGUGAAGUAAUGCGUAACCUACGACAUCGAAACCUUGUCCAAGUAAUCAGUAGUUGCUCAAAUUUAGACUUCAAGGCUUUGGUGCUCGGUUACAUGCCUAAUGGAAGUCUAGAUAAUUGGCUUCACUCAAAUGAAAAUUUGUUGGAUAUAUGUCAAAGACUGGAUAUAAUGAUAGAUGUGGCAUCAGCACUAGAGUAUCUUCACCAUGAUUAUUUUGUACCAGUCGUUCAUUGUGAUUUGAAACCCAGCAAUAUUUUGCUGAAUGAAGAAAUGGUUGGUCAUGUAAGUGAUUUUGGGAUAGCCAAGUUCCUAGAUGAUGAACAAAGCAUGGCACAUACGAAGACCUUGCCUACAUUUGGGUAUAUUGCUCCAGAAUACGGAUCUCAAGGGCUAGUAUCAAUUCGGAGUGACGUUUACAGCUAUGGUGUUGUGUUAAUAGAGACAUUCACAAGGAUGAAACCAAGUGAUAACAUUUUCUCUGGGAAUUCAACCUUAAAGCGCUUAGUAGAGUCUUCGCUGCCAAAUGCAAUAACUCAAGUCAUAGACUUGAAUUUGUUGCCUCAAGAUCAAAUUGAAAUAUUCACCAAGCAUGUAGAAUGUGUUACUUCUAUUAUGAAAGUAGCAUUGAGAUGCUGUGAAGAUGCACCCGAAGAAAGGAUUAGCAUGAAAGAUGUUUUGGUUGCACUCAAGAAGAUCAAACUUCAAUUUCUUGGUAGGAAUGCAUUAGCUUAA